CGCUUGUCCAAUGAUCUGGAGGGGCUUGGAGCGCAGAUCUCAGCUGGCAGACAUUUAAAUGGGAGACAGCUCGGCGCUGCUGCAAUUUGUAGGCAGGAUCCGAGGCUCUCCCUCUAUGGACUCCCGGGCAGCCCCGGGCUCCUACGUCGCCCGCUCCGCCAAGUGACACCGCAGGGCAGAGCCGCGCCGAGCCCCAGGCCCCGACGAGGAGCCGCCGCCACCGAGCCGGGCCCCCCGAGGAGCCGCCGCCGCGCAGGAUGGUCCGCAUGCUGUAUGCCGUUGCUGCUGUGUUUCUUCUGAUGGGAUUUCUGGUACCAACAGCAGAAGGGAGAAAGAGGAACCGUGGAUCCCAAGGUGCUAUCCCUCCUCCUGACAAGGAUCAGCCCAAUGAUUCAGAGCAAAUACAGACACAGCAGCAGUCGGGCUCUAGGCAUCGAGAACGAGGAAAAGGCACCUCGAUGCCUGCAGAGGAGGUGCUGGAAUCCAGUCAGGAGGCACUGCACAUCACUGAGCGCAAAUACCUAAAGCGGGAUUGGUGCAAAACUCAGCCCCUCAAACAAACUAUCCAUGAAGAAGGCUGCAACAGUCGCACCAUUAUCAACAGGUUCUGCUAUGGCCAAUGCAAUUCCUUCUAUAUACCCAGGCAUGUCCGCAAAGAGGAAGGUUCUUUCCAGUCUUGUUCCUUCUGCAAGCCCAAGAAAUUUACCACCAUGACUGUUACCCUCAACUGCCCCGAGCUUCAGCCCCCUAGGAAGAAGAAAAGGAUCACCCGCGUGAAGGAGUGCCGGUGUAUAUCUAUCGACUUGGACUAAGCCGAGAAAAAUAUCGUACCGAUUGCACUCUGACUGUCCGCAAUCAUUGCCAGUGUGAGAGGGAGUGGCAUGAAAUAGCAAAGCUUCAGGGCUGGACGAAACUGAAAGGAACCCAGUGAACUACCUAAAAAAAAAACAAACAACAACCAACCAACCAACCAAAAA